CCCUCACGGUCGAAAACAGCAGUUCCCCCUUGGAAGUUAUAUACAAAUAUUGCGAUUUUAUUGACGCGUCCAUCUUCUGUGACAACUGAUAACUGAUCAAAAAUUGUAAUACAACUUUGCGAUCGGGGAAAGGCUUCUUCCUUCGCCGUAUGCAGCAGAUGUUUGUUGUGUAAGCGCUUGUUGAGGGUCGGAGGGGUAGCUAUGUCGAGCGAGGAGAGCUACCUGGCAAUCCAACGGUAUCUCACCGACGAGCGGGAGCCGUAUGCGCCAGGCACUCAGGGCAAUGCCAAGAGGAAGAUUCGCAAGGCGGCCACAUGCUAUGUGGUGCGGAACGGGACGUUGUACUACCAGCGGCGGCAGAAAGGCCUGGACGAGUUCACCGAACUGGAAGUGGUGCUGCAGGCCGGGCGGCGGAAGGAACUCAUCGACGAGGCGCACAUCACUGCCGGAGGGGAGCACCUCAACCAACAUCAGACCUGGGACACAAUAUCUCAAAAGUACUGGUGGAGAGGCAUCUUGAAACAGGUGAAGGACUACAUCAGAGAAUGUGCCCAAUGCCAGGGCAAGCAGGAACGAGUGCGUGGCUGGGCGGAGGAAACCACGGGGGCGCCCCUUGGUCGGAGACGAGGGAGGCGCAGGGCGACUCCUGCACAUGACAGCGAUGAGGAGAACGAGGAAGAGGAGGAGGAAGAUGUCAGCCUUUCUGAGCAACAGUCCAUCCAGAAGUCCUCCAAGAGCCCCAGUGCCACAGCCAAACAUGAGCUUGUCUUUGUGGACAGUAAAGGCAUCGUGAAGCAGUUUCUGCCCAAGCAUGGGCAGACUACACUGGACAAGCUAAACCAGCAGCGCCUCCAGAAUCAGUUCUGUGACAUCACACUGCUGAUCGAGGGAGAGGCAUUUCGCGCCCACAAGUCUGUGCUGGCUGCCUGUAGCGACUACUUUAGCCAGCUCUUUGUUGAAAAGGGUGCCGUGUCCAGCCACGAGGCAGUGGUUGACCUCUCAGGCUUCAGUAAGUCCAGUUUCCUGCCACUGCUGGAGUUUGCCUACACCUCCAGCCUGAGUUUCAACUUCUGUGUAAUGGCAGAAGUGGCCACGCUAGCGCGCCACCUGCUGAUGGCUGAGGUGCUGCAGCUCUGCGAGUCCGUACACAAGCAGGUGGAAGAGCAGAAGCUCAUGGUCUACCAGAAAGGAGACGUCCACACCGUGGUGUCCAGCCCGACCCUGACAUCCCAGGCCCCAUCGGAAGAGGGAGGGACGUACGUGGUGACUGUGCACACUGACGGCCAAGCUGUCAUGACGGAGUCCCUGGCUGUAGUUGCUCCCAGCGGUGAUGUAGCGUUAGGAGAGUCCCUGGCUGUAGUCACUCCUAGUGGGGACGUUGUCGCGGGGGAACCCAUUGCAGUAGUCACUCCUGACGGGGAUGUGGCUUCAGCUGAGUCCCUCGCUGUAGUCACCUCUGGUGGGGAGGUGGAGGCAGGCGAGUCUCUGGCUAUGGUCAUUCAGGGAGCGGAAGUGGGAGCAGGCGAGACGCUGGCUGUGGUCUCAGCCUGCUGGCCAGCAGAAGAGUCUCAGGCAGGCAACAUUCCAGCAGAGGCAGGGGGGUUGGGGAAGGGUCCAGAGCCAGGGGCCUUCAUCAUUAGUGUGGAUCCUGGGAAGGUGGCUCCAACGGAGGUGGUGCGGCUGGCAGCCACAGCGCCCUCUACAGCGCAGGAGGAGGUGCCAGACCCGGCUCCUGCGCCCCCCAGACGAAAGCGGGGUCGUCCCGCCAAGGUGAAGCAGGAAGUGGUGUUGGUGGAGGAGCCUGCAGAGGUACAAGAAAGCAGUCCAGCCCCCAAGGGAGCACCGGAGGUGGAGGAGAACCUGGCAGAUGACACUUACAAGAGCCGCCUACGUCAGCGGUCUCUGGGAGAGGGAGAAUACGUCCGCAUGCACAUGGGUCUGGAAGGACAACAGCAGGACAGGAAGGCAGGAGCGCAGCCCCCUCGAUCUGCUGUCCAGAAGGUGGCUCAGAGGCUUGUUAAGCGAGGCCGGCUGAUACAGCCCACCAGAAAGCGGGAGGCGGGGACCGGAGCGGAGGAGCAGGCCGCCACAGGGGUGCCGGAGCCAGAGGGCGGGGCAGAGGGAGAGCACACGUGUGCAGAGUGUGGGCUGGUGUUCCAGCGGCGCUACGACCUGAUCAUGCACACGCUGAAGCACGAGAAGACACGUGGCUACAAGUGCAACCUGUGCAAUAAGGAGUUCCAGUACGCCGCCUCGCUGCGCGCCCACCUCGCCCGGCACAAGCGGCAGAAGAGCCAGCGGACGGCGGCGGCGGGCCGGGCGCCCCUGGAGGACGAGGACGCCGGCGACAGCAAGGCCAAGGGGCGCACCAAGAGGGAGUUCGUGUGCGACAUCUGCGGCAAGACGCUGCCCAAGCUCUACUCGCUGCGCAUCCACAUGCUGAACCACACGGGCGUGCGCCCCCACACCUGCAGGGUGUGCGGCAAGUCCUUCGCCCACAAGCACAGCCUGAAGAUGCACCGCGCGCUCCACGACGCGCUCAAGCAGUUCCACUGCACGCUCUGCGACAAGUCCUUCGUCAGCAAGAGGAGCCUGGAAGAGCACACCAGCAUCCACACCGGUGAGUCCAAGUAUCUAUGUACAACAUGUGGGAAAUCUUUCCACCGAGCGUCAGGACUGAGCAAGCACCUGAAGAGACACCAACCAAGACCUGAGGUGCGCGGGUUCCCCUGUUCCCACUGUGAUAAGAGUUUCUACGAGGCGAAGGACCUCCAGCAGCACAUGAACAAGCACCUGGGGCUGAAGCCCUUCCAGUGCCAGGUGUGUGGGAAGUGUUAUAGCUGGAAGAAGGACUGGUACUCGCACGUCAAGUCCCACAGUGUGGCCGAGCCUUUCAAGUGUAAUAUCUGUGGAAAGGAGUUCUUUGAGAAGGCUUUGUUCCGGAGGCAUGUGAAAAAGGCAACUCAUGGGAAGAAGGGACGAGUGAAGCAGAACCUUGAGAGAGAGUGUGAGCACUGCGGCAGGAAGUUCACCCAGCUGAGAGAGUACCGACGCCACAUCAACAACCACCAGGGUGUGAAGCCCUUCGAGUGCCUGACGUGCGGCGUGGCGUGGGCCGACGCCCGCUCCCUGAAGCGGCACGUGCGCACGCACACGGGCGAGCGGCCGUACGUGUGCCCCGUGUGCCAGGACGCCCACAUCGACGCGCGCACGCUGCGCAAGCACAUGACCAAAUACCAUGGCGACUACAUCCCCGGCAAGAUCAUGCUGGAGAAGGACACGCUGCAGUUCCACAAUCAGGGCACGCAGGUGGAGCACGCCAUCAGCAUCCUGGCCCCCGACCUGCCCCCUGAGCUGCAGCCGCCCAACCACCAGGUGGCCGACGAGGAGAUCGAGACUGUGCUGGUCACCGAGGAGACGGUGGAGGCGGUGCAGGCGGUGGUGGGCGGGCCCGAUGACACCGCGGCCGCCGUGUCCACGCUGUCAGACCAGAGCAUCAUGCAGGUGGUGAACUACGUGCUGUCGCAGCAGGCCGCGCAGACCACCGGGCCCAAGCUGGAGGAGGGCUCGCCCCACGCGCCCGAUCUCAUUCAGACUGUGGAGGUGGAGGUGGCCCACGUAGCCGAGGUGGAGUGACGGCACAGGCUACAGGCAACGCCACAUCCCUCGCCGCUACCCUCAACAUAACUGACUCGCUUUAGCCAGCUGCAGUGCUGCGGAGCUGCACACAGCAUGCUCUGAUUGGUGGAAUGGAAACCAAUGAUGCGUUAGACUCACAGACCAGGAGCAGUAACUAGUGAAUUUCAUUUUGCGUCUUCUUAAACUUACAUGGACGACACCCGAGGAAUUAUAUACAUUUACACACCUUUUCUCCUAUAUACAUAUACUUUUAUGGUGUUCUGGUGUCAGUGUUAUGUUCUUCAGGUUUACUAUAUCCUGCCAGUUUAGGGUGUAGUCUGGUUAACACUGGACAGCCACCGAGACUCAUCUCCAGCAUCAGAUUCCGUCAGUAGAAUAUUCUCGUCGGCCAGAAUGUGGCUGUACCUCCAGAAGAAUGGCUUUGUUUAUUUGUGUGUUGUAGAAUAUGCGGCUGUGAAGUCCCCUCUAGUCCACCUGGCUUCAGGCAACACCUUUGUAAAUACUUCUGCUCAGUGCAAAGAGAACCUAAUAAAAGGGGAAGAAACUGCUGUGUGUCCAUUUCCUCUGAUGGAUUUUGCUUUCCAAGGCCACUGUCGUCUCUAAAUCCACCUGAGAUGUGUGUGUGUGCUGACAGUGAUAUGAGCAGUGGUCCAGGCACCCAUGUUUUUCACAAAAAUAGUCAUGUGGAAGUCAUCUGUAAUAAGGAUGUUUUGCAG